AUGACUCCAGGUCGCGACUUCCAAAGAACAGACGAUUGCAACAAGCCAGGACAGUCCGCGAAGAAAUUGCUGGUCAAAUCCCGACCCGACCUCCCGCCGGCAGGCCCAACCCUCCGGCAGGUUGAUCUAACCCUUCCGCCAGCUGGCCCCACCUUCCAGCCGGUCCACGCAACCCUCCAUCAGCCCCUUUUCAGAAUAUUUGGCAGGAGACUCACCCCUGUGGUCGGACCAGGCUGGCUGAUCGUUGCGGGGAAUCGUUGCCCAAAGUUACCGCCCGGAGAUGACCGAGUUGAACUGGAAUUGGCGCUUGCAUGGGCGCUAGAACCUGGGUCAGGGGGCUGUGGGGCACUAGGAUGCGUUCCUCCUAGUAGAAAGGGGGAGCAGGGGAUGCGGCUGUGCCGAAGGAAAGAGCUUGUGGUCGCGGUUGUUGAGUGUUCACAGACCAUUUACGGCGGAAGAAAGGUGAGAAGUCCAACAGUCAACAGUGUAGAUCCUAUCAGACUCUUCGCCAAAAGCGUAGCCGAGAACUCACCUCAGAUAGGACCGAAGCGAUGCUGCUCAAUGACGAGGGAGAUUCAAGCGAACACAAAUAAAUGGCCAGACCGUUGGAAUGCUGUCGCCUCACCCGCCCAGGGGCCGGAGAACGUGAUACGUACCAUGCUAUACGCAGAAGCAAUGCUCGCGUUCGAGAUCGCAGAAGUACUCUAG